AUGAUUUUGCCAUACAGCCGAUACAAUGUUGGCAACACCGUAAUCGGCCUAGCAUCUUUAGCCGUCCUCGGGCUAGAGAGCCGCAUCGCUGACGAGCGCCGCCAGCUGGACAUCACGGCAGCGUCGCAGCUCCGCACCAUCGAGGAUCGCCUGCGUCUGGCGGAGGAGAAUGCCAGGCAACGGCUGCACGGCGAUGCAAGCAAGCCUGGCACGAAAGCCGCAGCCAACCUCAGCAAAGCCGUGGCCGACCUGGACGCGCGCUGCGAAUCUGUCCGCGUUACCGUUGGGGCGGUUCAAAGCGGACUUGCAGAGGUCCAGCAGAAGCAGGCCAAGACGGCCGAGGUGGAGGCUCUGGUGGCGCAGGCUCGCGAGGAGCUUCGCAGAGAAUGCCAGGAGCGCAAGGCGGAGGGCAGCCAGCUCUCUAUGCAGCUUGUGGAGCAUGCUGAGCGGCUGGAGUGGGCCGAGCAGCAGCGGGUCAAGGCCUCCAACGAGCUGCUGCAGGAAGUCAUGGACACCCGCAGCGAGCUCAAGAGAGAAAUGCGCGAUCGCGAGGAGGGGAACGCCAAGGUGAUUGGCCAUCUUCGGGAUGAGGCCGCUCGACGCGAGGAGGCGCUGCAGCGCGAGGUAGCACUAGUGCCCUUCUGUGAGCCGGGGCUUGAACUCUUUGCCUGGGUUGAGUGGGGCUCCGAGACCUUUCCGAUGUCCUUCCCGGUGAUUGCCAAGACCAGCUCCUUGGCUGAGUUUCGGAUCCUGAGAUGGAGCAAAGCGGGAUGGUGGUGGGCCAAAAAAGUCAGCGGUGGCCAGCAGGGCUGGAUCUACUCGUCCCAGAUGGGCCCGAAGAUGUGCACCGAGUGCCGCGAGAAGGUGCAGAGCCUCAAGGAAGAGCAGCCGGGGGAGGUCCAAGGGCCGCAGCUUCCGACCCCGGAAGAGCUGGACCAGUUCGGAGAGGAGGAGGAGGGUCUCUGGCCGCCUCUCCCACCAAUGGACGGGCCCACAGAAGUUUGGCCCCCCCUCCCACCUGGCUCGCCACCGCGCGCGGCGGCGUCCGACCCUGCCUCAAGGGAGGACUCUGCCUUCGAGGUGGACUACGCCCAGACGCUUAGCUUCCGCGGGGAUGGGCGCGUGGUGCCCAAGCCCCAGGACUUCGACCACAUGAUGCGCCAGGCAGACUAUUACUUCGACUACAAAGGCUGGACGGACUCGCGGAACACAGGGACCUCCGGCAAGAAGCGGGGGGCUGCCAAGGCCAAGGUGAAAGCUACAGGCGAUGGCGGUAUGAAGCGCCGCCGCUGA